AUGGCUUCACAAGUGUCGAAACCCUCUGAAAAGCUAGUGAGCGCAGGGAAUAUACCAGUAGAGCCACUAGCUCCGACAACUCACCUUGAUAAUAAGUCCCUUGAUAAAACAAGCAAGGAACAAUUGAAAGAACUGAAAGACCCUAAGAAUCCCUUCAACUGGAGCUCUGGGAGGAAAUGGAGCAUCAUUUUGCUUAUUUCGUCAAUUACGUUUGUCUGCUCGUCGUCGUCGUCAGUAUUCGGCCCAGCCUUACCAGAGUUUUUGAAGGAAUUCCAUUCUUCUGGUGAUACUUUGGCGACCUUUACCAUAUCAGAGUAUGCAGCAGGUUAUAUUCUCGGGCCAUUGAUCUGCGCACCACUAAGUGAGCUUUAUGGUAGAGUACCAGUUAUUCACGCCUCGAACUUACUGUUUCUGAUUUCUACUAUUGCUUGCGCUUUGAGCAUCAACAUCCCCAUGUUCCUCAUCUUCAGACUUGGUCAAGCCUUUUCUACAUGUGGUGCAGGAACUCUCGGUCCUGGCCUGAUUGCCGACUUGAUACCUCUUGAAAAGAGAGGCUUUGCUAUGACUAUCUUUGCAGUUGGCCCAACACUUGGUCCGUCGUUGAGUCCUGUAGUUGGUGGGAUCAUCGCUCAGAAGCUUGGUUGGAGAUGGAUAUUCUGGUUUAUCAGUAUUAUUGCAGGGGUUCUCACUAUUGUUAGUGCUCUGCUGCUCAGGGAAACAUACGCACCAGUGCUGCAGGCUCGGAGGAAGGUUCGAGAAGAGCACGCACGGGGAGAAGUGCAGACCCGAAAGCCGUGGUCAGCCGUUUCGAAAGCAUUUAUUCGGCCGCUGAAGCUUUUGAUUCAUUCUCCGGUAACUCUGAUCUUGGCUUUGCAGAGCUCCAUCGCUCUAAGUUACCUCAAUCUGGUACUCUCCACCUUCGCUAUCACAUUCCAAUCGCAAUAUGAUUUUACCAUAUGGCAGUCCGGUUUCACUCUCUUUGGCAUUGGAGUAGGAUUCAUCAUUGGCCAGAUUGUGGUUGGAGCUUUCUCUGACCGAUGGCUCAAAUAUCAAAAGUCGCGUCAAAUGGAUGUAACACCAGAAGAUCGUCUCCCGCCUCUCAUCAUUGGCUCUGUUCUCAUCCCAGCCGGGUUUUUCUGGUACGGCUGGUCUACAGAGUAUCAUACUCACUGGAUAGUUCCCAUCAUUGGCAGCUCUCUCAUUAGCAUAGGCGCCAUGUUUUGCUUUCUCCCGGUCUCAAUGUACCUUGUAGAUGCGUAUUCUGUGUUUGCUGCUAGUGCUACCGCAGGUAAUUUGAUGAUACGGUCUAUCGUCUCUGCGGUGCUUCCGUUGGCAGCUGAGCCUCUAUAUCAUAGCGUUGGAUACGGUUGGGGAAACAGUAUCUUCGCUUUCAUAGCUAUGGCUUUUCUUCCUGUUCCGUUUCUGUUGGUUCGUUAUGGGCGUUUCUUGAGGACUCACCCAAGGUUCCAGGUUCAGUUGUAG